AAGACGAUUGAACGGUGAGUGGGUGGGGCAGUGCUUACUCCAAUUUUUGGGUGCACGCAAUCUGUGAAGAAAUCUGCAGUCCGUACGCAUCCUUACAAAAUUAUUUUUGCAAAUAAAACAAUAUUUCGUUCUCUCCCCAAUCCAGCGUCUCAAAUCGAUCUUCUCUGUCCCCAUCUACUAUUAUUCGUCUUUUUCUCUCUCUCCAAAACUUGAUUUUCAUCGAUUAAACCACAGUUGAAUCUGUAGCUGUGAUGGGUUGGAUCCCCGAAUUGGUCACGCAGCAGUUCCAUCUCUCGAUCUCCUGAAAUUAGGGUUUGCCUUUGGUUUGUAUUCGAUUCUGUUCUGCCAGUUGUGUUUUAUUCUCUACGAUUUGUUUUGCGAAGGUGGAUUUUGAACUUCGAAAUCAUAGAUUCGGAUUUGAAUUUGUGGUAGUUUUAGAAGAAUUGGGUUCUGGUGAAACAAACCCUAUGUUUUGAUUCGUUUGGAGAAUUUGAAAUCACAGUGACAACAAUUGAGUCUAUUUGGGGAAUCAGAAAGUUGGGUUUUUUUAGCGAAGAGGUUAAGAGUCAUGUUUUAUGGUGCAGUGGUAUGGGAUCCAUGGCUCAUUGUUGCCCAAAUUGUUUGCUUUCAAUGCUUAUACUACUUAACACUUGGAGUUUUCAUGGCAAUUCUUGUGGGGACUCGUGUGUCACGAAUGAGUCUUGUGUAUUUCUUUGAUUAUGCCACUGUCACUGCUUCUACAGCAACCGGUUGGUGCGUCAUUGUUUCAUUUCUGCUCAGCGCUCUUGCAGGAUCUGGCUAUAUGCUUUAUUUGAUUGAGAGGGCAAAGAAGUGCUUAGAUUUCUCAGCCACCCUCUACAUCAUCCACCUCUUUUUAUGCAUCAUAUAUGGAGGUUGGCCUUCGUCAAUAACAUGGUGGGUUGUGAAUGUUAUUGGACUUGCAGUGAUGGCUUUGUUAGGUGAAUAUCUGUGCAUCAAACGGGAACUGCGGGAAAUUCCCAUAGCAAGAUACCGUUCAAAUGUCUAACGGAUCAGAGAAACUCAACAGGCAAGAAGAAAAUCUCUUACAGGCUAAAAAUGGUGGCUUAUUCUUUGCUUUGGAGGAGGUCCUGGAUAAAGAUCAUGAAAUACUGAAUUUGAUAUUUCAAAUUUUCAAGUACAAAGGGCUACAAGAAGCCUUUUAUGUAAUUGAUUUUCGGUGUUUGAGGUGAGGACAGGACACAACAAACAAUUUAAAGAAUCUUUAAAGAUGGGAAAGUGGAAGACAUGACUCGGUAACAAAUUAAAUUGUGAAGGGUCCCUGCAUGUAUAAUUUUGGUAGUUUUGAAAGAGAUGAUGAUUAAUGAGCUGAUGAUAUUUUUUUCCAGAAACCUAAUGAGUCUCUGUCUGGUAGUCUGGUUCGGCAUUUUAAGCUCUCAUAUCAUUUGGUUGAGCACUCAGAUUUGCAUGUGAAAAUGGCUAUCUUUGUUGAUUGUGUUCUAUAAAUUUUUUAAUAGGCUGGUUGAAGUUAUUUCAUGCUUUCUUA